UUGUCAUCGCGACGUCGUCGGUGGAGCUACAGUGCCGAUUGUGUCAAAAAACAUUCCAAUUAUUAUUGUCAAUCGUCGCGUUUUUGCAAAAUAGUGAUUGUGCCGAUAAGUGUCUCGCUCAGCGGAAAUUGAGAGCAAUACAUUUAUGGAGUGACGGAUGCGCGCGACGCACGUGACCGAGCACGCGGACGCGUACGUGGGCGUCGGGAAAGUCGUCGAUCUUCUCGAGCCUCGCGGAACGACGCCUCGUCUCGUCCCUCUUUUAUGCAGAGACGCACCCCGGCGCGUGACUUAGGUCUCAUCGGAUGGGAUUAAGAGGAAAUUUCCUGCCAAAAUUGCCCGCGGAUUGACCGCGGUGACUCACCGCCCGCGCUCGAUGUUCGACGGUAUUUUGCGCGAGGAUCCGGAAAUCGAGACGUGGAAGAAUAAUGAGAAACUAAUAACGCUGUCAAAUGGCGAUCCUGACGAUCGUCAUGGAUCCUCAUCCGAGCUGACGAAGAUACCUUUUUAGAGAAGGGACAAGGAAGGGCCUACAGGGGUGGAGGACGUUCUACGAAGUGCGCGCGCAUCCUUUAGGGACACUGUCGCAAGGUGCAAGCACAAUGCAGUCAGACGAGGAGAUUCAGUAUGCGUCAAAGAGCCGGCCAGUGAGCUUUUACGACAAUUACAAGGAUGUCGCAGUGAUGCCACCUUGCGUCACUUCCGCUAUCAGCGUGGACAAUUUGAACCAGGUCCGUGACAACGGCACAUCUGUCAUGUCCCGGAGCAGCAUCAACAGUAACAUCAACGACAGCAACAGCAUCAACAAUAACAACAACAACAACAACAACAACAACAACAACAACAACAGAGUUAGCAACGCCAUUAGUGUCGGCAACGUGUCGAAGAUUCCCGCUGCCAAAGUCACUGGUGCGGUCUCUACCGGGAACAUCGGCCGGAUCUGCCGUGGCGACAAAGAAAAGGAGCUGGAGCGGGCGCCGUCGAUGGCCAACUGCUUGUCGACCACGGUCCCCGUCAAUCUGACUGCUUCGCAAAUAGCCGGCAGACAUACGCCUACGAGGAAUUCUCUGAGACACAGCAGGAUGAUCGUGAUGCACCGAACCGGUCACCGCCCGGAGAAAUUUCUGCCUCCUUUGGUCUAUUAUCGACGAACGGCGCGAUGCCUGGCCACGUUGCAAACCAUCCUCGGUAUCGCGGUGAUUGUCCUGUCGUUGUGGCUGCUACUGUGGACACCCAGUCUUCCCGUCAUCAACAAUCCGUAUUGGAGCGGCAUACCUCUUCUGCUGUCGGGCAGCUUUGGAAUCAGUCUUCUAUGUUGCUUCAAGAAGGAAUAUCCGAGUAUGAGACCUGGGAUCUGUCUUUCCACCACCAAGGCAAUCAGCGUGUUUUUGGCAGUCCUGGCGACCGUUGCGUGCAUAACCGCGUGCGUGUCCUCCACGAUGCACUUGUCGCGUCUGAUGGAGCUGGAAUGCACCCCGGCACGGCUUCUGAAUGCCACGUGCGUGUGCAGGCCACGCGGCGCACCGCCUGAUUCAUUCGAAUUCAUCGAAGGUGCAGUCAGAUACGUGGAUCUUAACUGUCCAGAUGUGCAAGGUAUUUUGACGAUCCUCCUCAUCUUCUCGUCCGUUUGCAAUGGAUUGAGCGCCUUGGUGGCCGGAUGGUACAGUUACGUGCAUUGGAGCACGCGACAAAAGCGACCACAGGCACAGUACAGGCAGGUCAGAACCAAUGCCGUUUACACAAACAAGCCGCUCAACAGUGGGCAGAUCUACAGGUCGAGUCCGGCGGAACGAUGACGGCCGUGUACGGUAACGGAAAUUUCCGUUUCAAGAUUUGAUGAUGAUAACGAAGAUCUGUGCCAACAUGUGCAGCUUGUAUACAAUAUUAAUGAAAUAAAAUCCACAUAGCUGUCCGCCAUAGCUGUUCGAUACAGAUUUGAGCAGACCACCACCACCACCACCACAGCAUGUUCACCGCGAGUUGAAUAGCGAUUAUUUUUGCGAAUGUAUUGCUCAUCUGAAAGUCGACGACUUGAUUAAUUAUUAACACGCAAAUCACAUCAUUCGCGUUGACAUAACAGAAAAAUGAUGGAGAAUGGAACAAGCAUAAAAGAAGCAACCUUGCAACCUUACAUUAUUUAUUGUAGUACCUCAAACGCUAGUAUGUAAAUUUCUCGACGUACGAAUGUCGAUUACGCUCUAUAUCUUACAAUUUUGGUUUCUCCAGGAAAAUACUCAGACCUUUUCAUGUGUGCUGCUUCUUCAGUCUUCGGAUGACCCCGAGCAAAUGCCCCCGACAGGGAUUUUACGAACUUUUUGCAAUCGCCUGGUCGAUAUUAAAAUAUUUUUG